GGCCAAGAAAUGCAAGCUCCUUGCCAGGAUUGCCUAAGGGGAUGGAUGUUUGAGGUGGACCUGCCAAGGGGUGAUUUUUGGGAUGUGACAUCCUGCUGUCUGCUGCUGAAUGCUGGUCUUGUAAUUAUAGGAACAUGUGUAAAUGCAACGAUAAGGAGUGUACGACAGCUAGAAAAACCUAAGAGGUAGUUAUAGAAUGUUGGAAAUCCAGUAAUAUUAUCCAUAAGUAGAAGGAAGGCACGUGCUUGAAUUAAGGUGUCACAGACAGAUAAUUCGAGUGAGAACUAGGCAGACAAACUUGUCAAUCCAAUCCAACAAACAGAUUAUUAAGGAAGAAGAUGCAUUAAAUUCCAUUAGCUAGCAAGCAGUAGUACAGUAGAGUGCAGUACAGUACAGUACUCAUACACAAUAAAAUACACUUCUGACUUUCUGUUAACAUUGCCACUCACUCACCAAAAUUAAUAAUCAAAACCUUCUCUCCAAUUGCUAUAUUUGGUUGACAUUUAAUUUGCCAUUGGCUAUGCAAGUCAAUUGAGUGUUUGUUUGUGUCAGUGUCACCAACUUCCACAAUUACAAUUACAAUUACAACUGGAAUUACUGCAUACACAAAUUCUUAAUCAAAUUACUAAUAACUAUCUUUAAUGCUUCAUAAAUCAUGUGAUCCAUCCAUCAUUCUAUUCUUUUCUACUAAUUCUAUUAUAUUCUGUCGCACUCCUUUCUUCUUUACUACUUCCAUCAUUCAUCUCAAUUUCCAUCACGUUCUGCUUCUCUUUUUCUUUAAUUGAAUGCAUUCAUCAAUGUCAAAUCACUCCCGCCGGCGGUGGAUCGCCGUUCUGGUCGCCUUCCUGGCGGGGAACUUCCCGUUUUCAUAUUCCGACCCGAGGAUUUUCGAAGCAGGAUUCCUCUGCGGCAAUGCCAUGCCGCCGCCGAACACCAGCUACAUCCAGCUGUUUGUCAGAGCCAUGGAGGUCAUCUCGCAGCAGGUCACGGUGGAUCGCCGGGGUUCCUACGCCGUCAAUUCCACCAACAUCUCGGUUUACGUUCUCGCUCAGUGCCACGACGACUUGUCCAAAGACGAUUGCCUCCAGUGCUACGCCGCCGCCCGCACGCGCCUCCCCCGCUGCCUCCCGAUCGUCGCCGGCCGCAUCUUCCUCGACGGCUGUUUUCUCCGCUACGACAGCUACUCGUUCUUCAAUGAGAGCGUCUCCCCGCUAGACAAAACGAAUUGCAGCACUCCGCUCGGCGCUGCGAGCGCCGUCGAAUCGGAGUUCGCGCGGAACUUCGGCGAUCUGGCCGAUCGCUUGACGGCGAGCGCGGUGGUGAGCGGCGGUUAUGCGGUUAGAGAAAAUAAAGGAGUAUUCGGACUGGCGCAGUGUUGGAGUACAGUCCCGCGUGAAGCGUGUAGGGCGUGUUUGGUUAAGGCUAAUAAACAGAUUAGGGAAUGUUUACCACAAAGAGAAGGCAGAGCACUGUAUUCAGGCUGCUAUUUGAGGUAUUCUACUCAGAAAUUCUACUCCAAUCAAUCCAAUGAGUCUAACUCCAAUUCAGGAUCUUCCAGGAGAGGAAUAAUUGUAGCAAUUGCUUUGUCUGUAUUGGCGUUUUGUUUGCUUUCUCUCUUUGCUGGUUAUGCUGUCCGCAGAAGAUGGAAGAAACGAAAACAAGAGCACAGAAAUCUAAAGCAAAUCUUGUUUACCUACAACAAGUCGAGCUUAAGCUUCAAGUACGAGACUCUGGAGAAAGCAACAAACUAUUUUGACCCACUGAGAAAAGUGGGGCAAGGAGGAGCAGGCUCAGUGUACAGAGGAACUUUACCAAAUGGUAAAACAGUGGCUGUGAAAAGGUUGUUCUUCAGCACCAGACAAUGGGUGGAUGAGUUCUUCAAUGAGGUCAAUCUCAUCAGCGGAAUUGAGCACAAGAAUCUUGUCAAGCUUCUUGGCUGCAGCAUCGAAGGCCCCGAGAGCCUUCUGGUCUACGAAUUUGUGCCCAACAAGAGCCUUGAUCAGUACUUAUUCGAUAGAAAUAAGGUGAACACUAUGAGUUGGAAUGAGCGGUACAAUGUCAUAGUCGGAACUGCUGAAGGGAUCACCUUCCUCCAUGAAGGUCUUGAGUCGAGGAUAAUACACAGGGACAUCAAGAGCAGCAAUGUUCUUCUGGACGAGAAUCUUGAUCCCAAGAUUGCGGAUUUUGGCCUGGCCCGGAUGCUUGGAGCCGAUAAAACUCACCUCAGCACAGGAAUUGCAGGCACACUUGGAUACAUGGCUCCCGAAUACCUUGUAAAAGGGCAACUCACGGAGAAGGCUGAUGUGUACAGCUUUGGAGUGUUGGUUAUGGAAGUUGUGAGUGGUAGGAAGAACAAUGUCUUCGUGGAGGGAUCUGGAUCACUUGUGCAAAUCAUUUGGAAGCUCUACAAAACGGGGAGAGCGGUGGAAUGUGUUGAUCCUGCUCUAAAAGAUGAGGAGAUUGCUGAAAAUGAGGUGCAAAGAGUUGUGAGAGUGGGGCUUUUAUGCGCGCAGGCAUAUGCAGCACAAAGGCCAUCAAUGGGGGAGGUUGUUAAAAUGUUGAGAGAGGAAGAUUACGAUAUCCGGGAGCCAAACCAGCCGCCAUUUCUGAACACGGGUGGGAUUUCAGGGAGCACGACGACGACUAUUAUGUCUUCCAACACUAGUCUAAGUCUAUUGUCAAAUGCGGCGACAAUGGCGGAGACAUCCAACCCUUCAACGGGGGCUUUCAGUGAUGGAUAUUCCUAAUACUUGGUUUGGAGCAUCAAUCAAUCAAUUGGUAUAAAAGAAACAAGUUGACAAGGUACAAAAGUCUUCUCUUCUGUACAGAUUAUAAGAUUAUAGAUUAGACAUCUCACUUGGUCUACCCUCUACUUUGACUGACUGAGUUGACUAUCAAUCAAGUCAUCACGGUAUAUACUGUACCAGUACCACGCCUAUUUAAGCUGCGCUUUGUAAUUACUGGCAGCAGCUAUUUAUUCAUGAAAGAACCAACUCUUCCAA